UUAGCCACUCCUACUACAGAUGCUGCUCAGACUCUUGCUCUCGCACAGGAUCACAGUAUGGACAUUCCAAGUCAAGACCAACUGAAGCAAAGUGCAGAGGAAAGUUUCAAUGCCAGGAAAAGAACCAAAGAAGGUGAUAUUCCCACACUGCCUACCUCACAGCAUAAAUGCAGGAAUUCUGGAGAAGGAUGUGGGUACUGCCAUUGUUUCAGAUGCUACAGAUGACUUGUAGUUUUUGAAUGAGUCAGUAUCUGAGCAGUUGGGUGUUGGAGUAAAAGUUGAAGCUUCUGGUACCGAACAAACAAGUGAAGAAGUAGGGAAAGUGAGUGACAAAAAGAUGAUUGAAGUGGGAGAAAAUGAAGACUUUGAGGACUCUAAGUCUUUGAGUGAUGACAAUGACUCUGAGGAUGAGUGGCAGUGUACGUACUGUUUCCAUUGCUGGGCUUUGAGGAAGGAUCGGUAUUCAGAUUGUUCUAAGUUAACCCAUUCUUUUUCCACAUCUGAUAUCACUGCCAUACCUGAAAAAAAGGAAAAUGAAAGAAUUGAUGUCCCUGAUUGCCAAAGAACCAUUUCAGCUCUAGUUGUUAGACCUAAAGAUGUAUAUAUAAAGGAAGAAAAUGCCAAACUUUUUGAUUCUUUCAGUUCGGUGGAACUCUUGGAUUUGGGUCACAAUUCUGAAAGCCAAGAGACCAUCUUAAGCACAUUAGAACAGUCAGAUAACCUUUCUGAACAGAGAAUGGAUACAGAAAACAUGAAGGAUUGCCACAAUCUCUUGAAGCCUUGUAGUUUAUGUGAGAAAAGAGCAAGAGACGGGAACAUUAUUCAUGGGAAGACAGGCCAUCUUGUCACUUGUUUUCAUUGUGCCAGAAGACUAAAGAAGUCUGGAGCUUCGUGCCCUAUUUGCAAGAAAGAGAUUCAGUUGGCCCACAGUUUCUCCCUGGAUCCUUCCCGCCCCAUCCUGCGCUGCCCAGCAGGGACUGAGGCCACAUCCUCACCAGCCUCGCCUCUGUCCAAGUACUACACUGCGCCGCAUUGGCCCUGCGCAUAA